CUUGAAAGCACCUCAGUGUGCAAAGCAGCCAAACAUUCAAUAACCACAACGACGCUUCCUGAGAACAGUCCAUCUUAGCAACGUGCCACUGAGCUUGCCACAGUAUCGAUGGGCGAUUUUGUAGCUAGAUCUGAGAUCUAACAACGGUUUUUGUUUUAUAAAGCAUCGCUCACGGAAUUUUUGAGCAGCUUUCUACUUUUUUUUUAGCAGAAAGUGCAUAUAGCAAGCGAGCCACCGAGCUAACUAACUAAUGGCUUUAUUCUUGGCUCUUAUGUUCGCCCACGUGUUCAUUUUGAAAGGAAUAUGUUUUUAAACCCUUUUUCAUGCAAAAUAAAAGGAGAUCCCUGUAAUUUACUGGAAGUAAGUUAUUGCACUGGAUUUUUUAAGGAGGGAUUCUAAUUGAGAGUUAGUUGCUGUUGUUUUUUAAGAGGAAAGAUCCCCUGGCGUUGGAGUUAGAUACUUCUAAUCAAAACAAAAAGGAGGGUGGCAGUGGUGUGAGCACGGAGUUCAGAUGUGUUCAAUGCCUGCAGGAGAGAUCCCUCUUCAGAGCACACAUGGAGACAAGAACUCAAAAUGGCAGCGGGUCUCCCGGCUUGCUGCAUGCUCUGCGUGACAGCGGGAGACAUGCCGGAGAUACUGACACCAGGGAGGCCUUGAGCCAGCAGGUCCAUGUGCUGUCACUGGAUCAGAUUCGGAUAAUUAGGAGUACCAAUGAGUACACCGAAGCACCUAUGGUGGCGCCCAGACCAGGGAAUAAAGCCACCACGCCACCCCUGCAGCAGAAAACGGAGCCGGUGCAAGGCCUGACUAUUGAGCAGGAACAGGAGAGGUCUGUCCAGAGGGGACUGAAUCACCACUGCACACAGUCUUCUCAGACCGCCUUUACGAGGACAGUUAGUACAAUGACCACUGGUUCCCGGAGUAGUGCGCGGACAAGCACGAGCAGUACAUCUUCCGAACAGAGGCUCCUGGAGAACUCUCCCUCCGAACGGAUUAUCAGGACUCAGCCCAAAUCGGCGGAAGUUAAAGCAGAGGAGCUGAAGCCCUUCACGGAGGACGAUUUGGGCAAGCACACGUACCGUUGUGAGGACUGCGGGAAGUGCAAGUGCGAGGAGUGCACGUGCCCGAGGACCUUGCCCUCUUGCUGGGUCUGCGACCGGCGUUGCGUCUGCUCCGCGCAGAACCUCGUGGACUAUGGUACGUGUGUCUGCUGCGUCAAGUGCCUCUUUUACCACUGCUCGAGCGAUGACGAGGACGUCUGCGCAGACAAGCCCUUCUCCUGCAGCCAGUCUCACUGCUGCGUGCGCUGGUCCGCCAUGGGCAUCCUGUCCCUCUUUCUGCCGUGCUUGCUGUGUUACCUUCCGGCAAAGGGGUGUCUCAGGCUCUGCCAGGGCUGCUAUGACCGUGUCAAGCGACCAGGCUGCAGGUGUAAGAACACCAACAUUGUCCACUGCAAAAACAUUGGGAAACUAACGUAAAGCGAGAACAAGGGGGCUUCAUCAACAAAACUCUUAAUGCUAGUUCUGGCUCUGUAGGACUAGGUGGGCUGGGAUGUACAUAGCUGUUUGGAGUGGUUCAUCUUUUGUUUUCUGCUACCAUUUUUAACAAGGGAGGCUUGUGGAUAAACCUCUUUGUAUUCCAACAAAGUUUCAGAAUGUUAGUCCUACAGACUUUUAAUACAACUGAUAAGCUACAGUUACAAACUAUCCUGACCAACUGUUUGUGAAUAGUGUUUCCAAAAUAUGUAAAUUAGCAAAUGACAUUUUUUUUUUCUGCCAGAGAUGUUUUAUUUUUGUAUGUAUACAUUUCAACUGUGAAAAAGCAUUGUGCCAGCCCAAAGGCACCUUGAUUUUAAAGUGUGUAUGUGCAAGUAUUUGUUCCUAUACACACGUACUAAUGUACAUUCAUUUGAAUGUAUGUAUCAAUCAGGUAGACUAAAUUACAUGAAUCUUUUCCCCUCAACUAUACAUGCAAAUUGUACA